CACACACAAACAAAAACCUACACACAGAUCACCCUUUGUACUCGCGGUUCGCUAAUCCAUAAAACGAAGCGAGCACGGCGCGCGCGCGUGUGUGUGUGCGCGCGCUCGAGAGAGAGCGAGCGAACGAGCGAGCGAUCGUGAGUAGGAACCCGAGAGAGAGAGAGAGAGACGCUGCUAAGAGGUGGGGUAAAGCAAAGCGUGAGUCCAGGAGCCAUGGCGAGACUUGGUCUGCUGGGUUUGUGUCUCGCGCUCGCUCUUCCGACGUGGACUGGAGCGGGUCCCGUCGACGGGAAUGAGGGCGCCACGCCGAAGAUAACGGAGAUGAGCGUCGUGUCGCGGAUCACGUCGCGAUACGCCCACACCACCAUCAACAGCUGGGUGCUCAACACGGCCUCGCACGGCAAGGAGGUCACCUUCCACGUGCAGCUCCCGGAGGCCGCCUUCAUCUCCGCCUUCUCAAUGACGGUACGGAACAAGACGUACCCCGGCGUGGUGAAGGAGAAGGAGCAGGCCAAACAGGUGUACUCGUCGGCCGUGGCUCAGGGCUGGUCGGCCGGGCUCGUUGCUACCAGAGAAAGGGAAACAGACAAGUUCAUGGUGAGCGUGAACGUGGGUGCUGGAAGUCGUGCGCUCUUCACCCUCAGCUAUGAGGAGCUCCUGCAGCGGAAGCUGGCAUGGUAUGAGCACGUGGUGAGCGUGCGUCCUCAGCAGACAGUGGACAACCUCACGGUGGAGGUGUCGAUCGAGGAGAAGGCUGGGCUGUCCCGGAUCACCGUGCCUCCUCUCCGCACCAGCAACCUCAUCACCAAUGACGUCGGCGUUGACGCGGACCCUCCGCCUGCCACCUCCAUCGUGCGCACGGCAACCUCUGUGGUCGUGCGGUUUCAGCCGAGCGUGGAGCAGCAGCUGGCAUUGGCGAAGGAUGGAGUCCUCGGGGAUUUCAUCGUCCGCUACGACGUGGAGCGAGCGGAGGAGGCCGGGCAACUGGAGAUAGUGAACGGCUACUUCGCGCACUUCUUUGCGCCAAAACAUCUGAGCGCUUUGCCGAAGAGCAUCGUGUUUGUGAUAGACGUGAGCGGGUCGAUGGAUGGGACCAAGAUUAAGCAGACAAAGGAAGCGAUGCUGAAAAUCCUGGGCGACCUGAGACCAAAGGACCACUUUAACAUCGUGACCUUCUCCUACGGCGUGAAUAAAUGGGCCAAUCGAGGCCUGGUCAAGGCUUCAGCUGAAAGCAUCGAGGGCGCCAAGAAAUUUGUUUCUACCAUGGUGGCAGACGGAGGGACAAACAUAAAGGAUGCCUUGUCCGAGGCCGUGAGCCUCCUCAAAUACCAGGAGGUGAGCAAGGAAACGAGCGUCCCCCUCAUUAUCCUGCUCACGGACGGGCAGCCGACGGUGGGCGAGACCAAAUUGGAGGUCAUCAUCGAGAGCGCACGCUCGGACAUCGCCGGCCUCUACAGCCUCUACUGCCUGGGCUUCGGCCAGGACGUCGAGUUCAACUUCCUGGAGAAGCUCGCGCUGCCCAACUCGGGCUUCGCGCGAAAGAUCUUCGUGGACGUGGACGCGACGCUGCAGCUCAAGGGCUUCUACGACGAGGUGGGCACGCCGCUGCUGUCCAAGGUCGUCGUCAAGUACACCGGCAACGAGGUGGCGGCACUCACGCAGAGCACCUUCUCCAACUACUUCAGCGGCUCGGAGAUCGUGGUGGCGGGGCGCGUGCGGGGCGACACGGGCAGCCUCGUCGCGACCGUCGAGGGGCAGAGCGAGAGCGGCGCCACCUCGCUCGCCGUGGAGUGCGUCGUGCCGCCUUGGCCGCGGCCGUUCCCGCCGCGGCCGUACCCGCCGGCCCCCGGGCCCCCCGAGCCUCCCAGCCACACGGAGCGGCUGUGGGCUUUCCUGACCAUCAAGCAGCUGCUCAAGGAAAAGGUGUCGGCGACCGACGAUGCAACGAAGGGGCGUCUCGACAACGAGACGCUCGCGCUGUCGCUGCGCUACGGGUUCGUGACGCCGCUCACGUCGAUGGUGGUGACCGUGCCCGACGACGGUGAGCAGGAGGAGGGAGGCGAUGAACCCAAGCCGAAAAAGUCCCUCGAAGUCGAGGCCAAAGGCACCGCCGAUGAUGUGGUCGAUCACCCCGGCUUCCCGGUCCGCGACGCCAAGGUGCUCUUAACAGCUAGAGGAGGAUCGAGUCAACACGUCGGCAGGCUUAGCAGCAGGUACAUCGGCAGCAGUCAGCCACAAGUGAAUUUUCGACCAACGAUGCACAAGGGCGGCUACGGCAGCUCCGGGCAGAGGGGCCUACCUGGUCCUCAAAGCUUUUCAUUACUUGGAAGUGCUGCUUCUCAUCCAAUGUUGUCUCCACUUCCAGCCUUCGACACGGUCGAUGACACGUUUGAUGACGUGCACGAGAUGCAAGCCACCAUGGUUCCCAGCUUCGACAGCUUUCACAGAGGCCUCAUCAAACCAGAACGUCCUCCCACGGUUCUCCACCUUCCGAGCAAAAACAUCACGCUCUGCUUCUCAUCGCACGGCUCGGACAGAAAGACGAUCGUGCUCUUGGAGGAUCCCCAGUCAGGGGUGUUGGUGAGCGCCAAGGUGGGCACCAACCACAGAAACAGCUGGCACGGCUAUUCUGAGGUCAACAUCCAGGUCCCGACCGACCAGGGCAGCCUGAAGAUCCACGUGACCGCCACCCACCUGCACCUCAACCUGCCACACAACUUGAGCGUGUCCCUGCAGACGAACAGCAACUACCAGAUCGACAACGUCACUGUGCGUGUGGAAUGGGACAAGGCGGUGGUCGUGAGCGUCGCCGGCGGCGUGGAGAUCGUGGCGUCGAUCCACGGCGCCAAGCGCCGACAUCAGCUGGCGCUGUCCGUUCUGAAUCCGCGAGGGCUGUCGCCAGCGACCAAGGGGCUCCUGGGCGUGCUUCUGCACCAGAACGUGAGGCUGCUUCCUCCUCCCCACAUUGCCGCGUACCCCGGGCUGAGCACACACCUGGCCCCGUCCAUCUCCAUCGGCUCGCGCACGCUGAGCGUCCUGAGGAAGGACCUGGAGCCCGCGACCUCGGAGUCACCGUCGGAGUGCCUGCAGACCGACUUCGCGCUGCUGGGCGCCUAGGCUCUCGCGUCGGUCGCCACGUCGGGAGCGAAGAGAAUUUCCCCCCCGACGAUUUCGCCCGGCCACCGUCAUCACUGCUCACUUGUCGUCGCCGAGUCACGGGCGCUCGUUCAUUAUAGGAGGGGUCCCGGCUACGUCUCACGGAUCGACGAUUUCCGUGGGGUUUUUUUGUUUGUUCCUAAUCGUUGAAAUUUUUUUCUGGUUUCGUGGGCCGUGUCGCCCACAAUUCGCAUCCACCAUGAACACAAACCACGCGAGGCUAAAUGAUUAAUAACAGGCGCUGCCGGCGGCGAGGUGUUAACUACCUCGCCUGGUAUACAGGAAGCGGUGGGUUCGAUCACGACGCUGACGCCUGCUGUAUAUUUGGAGUUUGCGUGUCUCUCUCUCUCUCCCCGUGGCCGUGUGGCUUUUUCUCCAGGUCCUCCGGGUUUUCCCCCCUCCACAUUUCGAAUCAACAUCGCGUGUUUUAGAGUAUUUGGACGCAAUAA